AUGAAUAAACCAGAGAUCUCAAUCCCAGGGGCCGAUGAUGAACUGGUGAGAUCCAUUUUGAGCAACCCAGUGCCCGAGUUUGGCGAUCCAGGGAGAGCUGAAAUCAUCUCCCAGAUCAGCUCAGAACUGGGCAUCGGCAUGGUCGACCCAAGUGUCCGGGCUUUGCUCUGGUUGGCUGAUGUUGAAGCUCUCCUGGCACUGCGCGAUGGGUGCAUGGGAUCCCGCGCCGCGUUCCGGCUCUUGCUUGGCCACGGCGGCAUUAUGUUCAGGGACGCGCUGACCUCAUGGGCGUGCGAUAUGUUUGAAAGGUGGGCGGAGUUGACCGAGAACCCGUUCGAUCUGUGUAUGGAACGAGACCAGUUCUGUGUGAUCACGCGAGACGUCAACACUAGGACUGUAAAUGUCUAUCCGCAUCGUCCGGCGGGAGCGUCGAAUGCAAGGAGUCGGGCUACACUGUGGGAGGCUUUGGGGGUGUUUUGGGAGGAGCCUAGGGUGGUAGGCUGGAGACAAGCCGUGUUUGGCUGCGGGUGCACGAAUGAGCUCGGCAACACGAUGCUUCUGCGCACUGACGUCUCUCGGGCUUGGGCGAGUUUACACUGUGCCUUGAGACCGGUCGAGCUGGGCCGGGAUUUUAAAUCGCUGAGCGUCCAGUUUUUUUGGCUCCCUAGUCAUCAGUGUCCUUCCGAUGUUCCGCUGCUCUCGCCCCCAGCUUUUGCUCCGGAUAACACCGGGGGCUUGGAGUUCAGAAAUCCCUGGAACUCGAGGAGACUGCAAUCGGGUGACUUUCUUCGGCUUCUGACCCACGACCCAGAGAGGUGUCCCCUGCCUUCCUUUGAGCUACUGGAGAUUCAGUAG